AGCGUUGCAUCAUGUGACUGGCGAGAGGCAAAAUGGCGGCCACGGGAGAGGAGGCUGCUGCGAUGGACAGCAUCUCCAGAGUUUCCCUGGCCCAUCCCACCGUCCUCAGCCUGGGAGGGAGCUCAGAACCCCGAGGAGAGCCUGGCGAGACUACCUCUGAGGGCCAGGAGGUUGUGCCUGCGGCGCCCAAGAAGCCCAUCAACAGCAGUGACGGUGGGGUGGAGACUGCAGAGGAGGCUGUAGAGCCAGCAGAGCCAGACAUCAAUGAACUCUGUACAGACAUGUUCGAUAAGAUGGCUGUCUUCCUACAAGGAGAACUCACUGGCACCUGUGAGGACUAUCAUCUACUGGAGAACAUGAACAAGCUGACCAGUCUGAAGUACAUGGAGAUGAAAGACAUCAGCAUCAACAUCACCAGGAACCUGCAGGACCUCAACCACAAGUACGCCAGCCUGCAGCCCUACUUAGACCAGAUAAAUCAAAUAGAGGAACAAGUGUCAUCUCUGGAGCAGGCCGCUUACAAACUGGACACCUACUCCAAGAAGCUGGAGGCCAAGUUCAAGAAACUGGAGAAGCGAUGAGGAGGGUUAUGGAAGGAUAAUAGGAGGAAGGGGGGUUGAUGGAGGCCUGAGGUGUACUGGUCCUCCUUCACCCCAGCUGUAGACCAAACCUAACACAUAUGAUCUGAGGAAGCAGACCCACACCUCUACAACAUCAGCCUGAUAUAGAGAGGUAUAGGGCAGCCUGGGGUUGGUUGGAGGGAUAUCCCAGAUGUUACACCUAGGAUUAUCAUUUUGGUUGGAUCGUUAAAGUUGCAUCUUAAUACCAGGUGUAGAUGGGGCUUUGGGUAGUUUGUGUCCAUAUUCUUGUUGGUAACAAUCCAGGUCACUCUGUUAGUCCUGUCAAAAUUGCAAUUUGCUUCCUGGAUUUACUGAGGUUAUCCCAAAUUGUCCCCUGCCCUGGUGCACACUACUGUAUAAUCACCACCCUCCUUCUAACCUAGGACUUUAGCUUCUUUAAACGUUUUCCUGUGCUCCUGGCAUCAUGAACUGAAUUAACAUUACACAAUUAUUUUUGAUACUUUGUUGAUUGUGUGACUACUACUGUCCCUUAAAAUCAUUGCCAUACAUGUGUGAUUGUAGCAUGUGUAAAAUGUAUCAUCUAAAAACAUUAAUUUUGAACUGAAAAUACAUUUGUUAAAGAAACUGAUGUCGUCAUUUGACCAGCAGAUGGCAGCGGUACUCCAUGUUCGUACUGCAAUUCUGUGUGUGUGUUUGUAAGAUUCUGUGGUAACUUUUAUUAAUCUGAGACAGUGUGGUGGAGACUCUCCCAGAGAACAUUAUUGAUUCACAUUACAUUUCCACAGAAACCUCCCCUGGAACCCAAUCAACCACACAUACGUUUUGUUAUUUUAUCCUCGUGGGGACCUAAAAUGUAUUUCCAUUUUCCCUAACCUUAACCCGGAACCUUAAACUUAACUCCUAAUUCUAACCCACAUGGAUAAAGUGCACUAGUCCAUUGCCAUGCAUAGCUAUCUACCAGUUUAGGUGUUCCUGCCCUUAAUUGUUUGUUACAGAGUUGGUUGCGCAGGUUUAAGCCAGGUGUGGUGAGUUAGAUAAUUAGCGUGUAGUUCGCCCAUGCUUUGACUCCCUGAGUAGUUCUAAUCAUGUUCUAAUAGAUCACAGGUGUCACUCAUUCCACGGAGGGCCGGCCGAGUGGCUGCAGGUUUUCACUCCUCCCUUGUACUUGAUUGAUGAAUUAAGGUCACAAAUUAGUAAGGAACUCCCCACACCUGGUUGUCUAGGGCUUAAUUGAAAGGAAAAACAAAAAACCUGCAGAGCUGCCCUCCAUGGAAUUAGUUUUACACUCCUGUAUUCAAUGUAGCGCUGUCUUUUAAACUAAGUGUACAUGACUAAAUAUGGUCAUUUAAACUAAUGAAUGCGAUUAACUUCAAUUAUAGUUUCCAUUGUGUUACCUGGUCUAAUUAACAAAGUCAAGUUAUUGUAAUUAAAUGCUCAUUCUCAUUGUUUAUUAAGUGUGGGUGGAGUUGAGGCAUAAAGUGAUAAAUGCUGUCCUUUUCGCUCAGCUCAAGGUUGAACACCAUUUUACAUUGUGCUCCAUAGCAGUUUGUUGCAUCCUGUUUUGUACAGGCAGUUGAUUUAGGCUGUUCUGGUAGACUCUCUUUAGUUCCAGUAAGGGGAGAGUUGGGCUCUGUUUAGAGCUGGAAAAAGGGGUAAUCCCUAGAUAUGUUUAGCAUUUAGGCCUAGUAUUAGCUGCAGUAGGAACCCUAUUGAGGGGCUGAGCUUUAGACUUGCCGUCAUACGUCAUUUUUGUGAGUUUUCGUAUCUUUAAUGUUGCUGCUAUGGACAACUGUUUGAGGCAAGCCAUGUAUCCUGAAAUCCUGCGUCUGUAAUAUAUUAAAGUAUUGCUUUGUAUACUCCUCA